CAACCUUUUCAUCUCUCGUAACCUUGUUUGAUCUUCAGUCUUCGGUCUUCUUCACAAUAGCAGUCAAAACGGGAUAGCUUGACCAACAUCUGCGAUGGUCUUUAAACAAUGGUUAUUGCAGAUCAAUAUUUCUCUCUCGGCGCUGGUCCUCCUACCGGGAAGCCAACAAAGUUAUUUUUCCUGGGCGCCGGCGGCGACAUUUUCAAUACUGGCCGCGUGGGUGAUUACUGGACUUUCUCUCGCUUUUCUUCACAAGCGAUAUCUUCUAGAAAACCCUCGGAUGACGGUAUAUUUGACCUUGCAAGUGUGGUUACCAUUUUUGAUGGUGCUACAGCCGCCGCUUGCAGAAGCCAUCCUCCUGUUGCCCAUCUCAAUCACAGCCGUCAUGAUAUACCUGGCAGCACCGCGGGACAAUCAAAAUCUAGAAAAUUUACAGCUUCCCAUUCCAGUUCCUGGGCCGCGGGGCUUACGAUACCACCGGCACCCCCAAGCCAGUCUCCCAUUAGGUGGCCAGAAUCUUUGAUGAAGUAUCAAAAAGCUUCCUAUCACUCCAAAACCCUGGCAGACGAAACUCAUCAUUAUUAUGGCGAUAGAAUUUCCAAGGCCGCACACCAACGAUCUAUACGGAGCCAAUCUCCGCUUCAAUUUACCCAGAAUAAUUUCAAUUCUCUGGUUAAGGGUAUAUAUGCCGGGUUUGUUAUGGUUGAAAGCAAGUGUAUAGAGGUUGACAAAGAGCAAGUCUCGCAAAAUGAGUCGAAAUUUGCUCUAAAUAACAGAAACACAUACAAUCUAAUCGCCCUGCAGAGCACUCUUCUCCACGAGCAUCAUGACUUUUUUCUUGCAAGCCGGCAUCCUACGGUAAACCCGGCUCUGCGGUGUCUGGCAUCAAAAUAUGCAAUGCCAGCCUGCAUGUGGCGGCACGGCAUACAUACGUUCUUGGAGCUGCUCCGCCAUAGCAUACCUUACUACAUGGAGCAUAUGCUUACCUUUAUUUACGUUGCCUAUACUAUGAUGGCUCUCCUAUAUGAGACUGUUCCUACCCUUGAGGACACUUGGACUAAGUGCCUAGGAGAUCUGGGUAGUUAUCGAAUGGCGAUUGCGGAUGACGACAUUCGAGACCGAGUGUUCUGGUCAUACAAAUCUGGGCCGCCGUCUCUCGUGUUUGGUAUUACAAGGCCGCCAACCGCGGGCCGCCUGCACCAUCACAUGGCAAUACUGACGCGGCCGAAUGCUAUACAGCAGCUAUUCUAUUACCGAAAGGUUGUCUAG